ACCUGUAGAAUUUAAUCUGUCUAUGCACACUAGGUAAUACCCCUGGUAUUUUGUUAGCGAGCCAGUUGGUGCUAAAGGUUAGGUAAGUAGUGGGAAGGUAGGAGAGGGGACUCUUUAACUUACUUUCUUUGCUUUGGUUCCGUCCAGCCCCUUUUCCCCCACCUUACCGUGUUUUAAGGAAUAAUCAAUUCCCUGUAACAGUAUUUUUCUCUGCCUCUGUCUUUCCCCGCACCUACUAACGCACUUUUUUUUUUCACUCCACGGGGAGUUGAGAUGUAGCAGGGUGUUGUGUUCCCCCCUCCAAGGGGCAUAUGUCUCUCACACACAGACAGACAGAUGGACUGACAAACAUGAAAGACCAAUGGAUGGUCUUACAGAUGCCUCAGCCAAAUUUCUCUAUUGCAAAUGUCACAGAUCUACAGAAGAAGCCUGUCCAUCUGAUGUGUUGUCCAUAGGUUAAACUUUCCCCAAAUUCCCAGUUUUUUCCCCCCUGGAAAUCCUGGUUAGAGGCUUCCUGGAUUUCCUGCUUAUUCCCUCGUGACUCCAGGAAUCUUCCAACCAGUUUUUCUGGAAAACCAGGGCAUUUGUGGAAUAUUACUGGAAUUUUGCAACCCUAGUUAUCCAUACCUUGCCUGUUGUCACUAAAUGUUUUGCAUCAAACAUGUUUGUAAAAACAGAGGAUAAUGAGAGGAAUUCUAAGUGAGAUGUAGAUGUUUUUCAGUAUGUUGUCUUUUUCUUAUCACUGAAAUGAUAAGUAAAAAAAAAAAACACACACUGCAUGGGACCGAUGAUGUUAUUACAAGAGAGCCUCUUGUGGCAGCUAUUAAAGGACACACAGAGGGGACAGGGAGGACACUUCUGACUAGACUACUGUAGGCUGCACCCCUGACUGGCCUGUUGAGGAAGCAAAUGACCAUGUUUUAACAUAAGCACAGAUUGUCAAUAUGCGCUGGCAGCCAUGCAUAAAUAGCACAGAGCUUAGAGCCUGUUAAUUAAGAUCUGCAAGGAAUUCCUUAAUUGAAAUAGCGAGUAGCCUAAUAGCCCACAUGCCUUUGAGAGCAGGUUAAUUAAAACCUCAAACUUUUUACACGUGUAGACUAACAUAAGGUAAAGGCACCCCCAAAAUCCAUAACUAUUGACAUAUUACACAACAUUUCUUCAACCGUGUAUUGUCAUUUAAUACUGGUCCCACACACAGUUCCAGUUUAGUACUGCUACGGGCCUGAUUCAAACAUCAAGCCCUUGAUUAAUUGAAACAGGUGUAUUACUGCUGGUCAGAGACAAAAGCCUGUACAACCAUGUGUUUCCAGCCAGGUCAGCCCAGCUGGAAGACGAAUUCAAUAACCUUUCCAACAGUUUGUUUCAAAACUUGCCUUACUCUACUGAACAAGUCUGUCACAAAUAUCGAGCCAUUUGAGUGGCAAAUUAAUGUUAGGCCACCACACCAGACCUAACAUCACAUUUUGUGCAUCAAAGCGGGGACAGAGAGACUGAAAAACAGCUUCUAUCUCAAGGCCAUCAGACUGUUAAACAGUCAUCCCCAGCAUUGAGUUGCCAACAUACUCUAGCCACUUUAAUAAUGGAAACAUUUAUUACAUCAAUUUAUCACUACCCACUUUAAACAAUGCCACUUUAUAUAAUGUUUACAUACCCUACAUUACUCAUCUCAUAUGUAUAUACUGUCCUCUAUACCAUCUACUGCAUCUUGCCUAUGCCGUUAGACCAUCAUUCAUUCAUAUAUUUGUAUGUACAUAUUCUUAUUCAUUCCUUACACUUGUGUAUAAGGUAGUUGUUGUGAAAUUGUUAGGUUAGAUUACUUGUUAGAUAUUACUGCAUAGUCGGAACUAGAAGCACAAGCAUUUCGCUACACUCUGCAUUAACAUCUGCUAACCAUGUGUAUGUGACAAAUAACAUAUGAUUUGAUUUUGACAUUUGUUUAUAAGCAGGGGUGAAAGUAAGGCGGGUUGAACCAGGCCAAAUAAAGUGUUGUACGCCAUACCAGUUAAAACCCCAGACCACUGCUGUCUGGCAGCCCCACAGAGGGCCCUGUGGGCAUGCGGACAGGGAGCAUCUCCUCACCUCACUGCCUUCACAGCACCCCUCCACAGUGGGACCCCACGAAUGACCUGCGCACCAUCGCCAAAAACUUCUUCUACCUUGAUACCUCAGGCUGGUACUGGGGAGCCAUCACAGCAGGUCAGGCCCAUGCAGCUCUCCAGGCAGCGUCAGAGGGGGCCUUUCUGAUUCGAGACAGCAGCCAUCCCCUGUACAUGCUGACCCUGUCUGUUAGGACUGCCCGUGGCCCCACCAGUAUACGCAUCCAGUACAGUGGAGCCCGGUUUCUGCUAGACUCCAGCUCGCCAGCCCGACCCAGCCUUUUGUCCUUUCCUGACGUGCCUAGCAUGGUGCAGUACUAUGUAGGACCAACAAGGAAGGUGCAGAAGGGCAAGGUGGAGGAGACUCAUAGCGCACAGCCCGCCCAGAGGACAGUUCAGGAGAGCACAGUAGUGCUGAAGCUCAAGCGGGCCCUGCACAAGCCCCAGGCCUUCCCCUCCCUCCAGCAUAUCACACGCCUCACCAUCAACCGCAGCACAGGCUGUCCGGACCAGCUGCCACUGCCACGCCCACUGGUGCGCUACCUGCAGGACUACCCCUUCCAUGUAUGAGGGUCCUCUGGUGCUGAAUUAAACUAAACAGUUCAACUAAACCUUGAGGAGCGCUGUCAGUAAGAGGUCCCUGGCAGCUGGAAACAACAUCACUGCACUGGCAACUAAUGGAGCCACAUCAGACAUACGGUUGGUCAUGAGACCAUGUUUGGGAAAGAACCUUCCAGAAAAUGGUGCCUGGUUUUGGAUUUCUCAGAGGGAAGUGGGGUUCUGUGUACCACCCCAAUUCACAGAGGUGAUUGACUGGAAAACAUAUGGUGCUAACUGUAGUGUAUCCUCGUGCUAUGAGGGGUAACGUUUUCUUUCUGUUUCUGAGCAGUGAAUUGCUUUUCAGUCACAGAUGUAAAUGGUUAAAUUUUUUAUUUAGUCAACAUUGUCAUUUUUUACCCCCCCCCGACACUGUACAUAUCCCUUUUUUUAUUAAAACAAUGUUAAAUGAG